AUCUGGCCCACGUUUUUCUUCGUGCUGUUGAACCGAAAGGUGCGGAACAGCCAUAGAUGCUAUUUUGAAAAAAAAACUCUGAAGGCGCAAAUGGCUUUAGCUGGUUGCCCAGACUCAUUUUUGCACCAUCCUUACCGGAUAGACAGUGUAGACCAGACGGCGCACAGUCGACGGGAUCUAGUGCAACCUGGAUUCCAGGAGCAAUCAAGUCGCAUCUCCUUAAAUCAUCAAGAUGACGACGUGGACUUGGAAGCUUUAGUUAACGAUAUGAACUCUUCGUUCGAAAGCCUGUACUCCACCUACAGCAUGCAUUCGGAAAGCAAACCACUGCUUCAGAAUGGCCAGCUCGGUCGCAGCCAGCCGCAGCCCGCCUCAGGAACAAACGUGCUUCAGCAGAAAGUGAACAGGUCGCAGCCAGUGCGCAUCACAGCAGUCAGACGCCUCCAAGAAGAAGAGCGACAGUUCCGAACGUCCUCUUUGCCUGCCAUACCAAACCCAUUUCCAGAGCUUUGCAGCCCGACGAGCUCACCUGUGCUGGCACCUGGAUCUCUACCUCAGAGUCAACCUGCCAAUAAACAGAGCGGUGCUUAGAAGAUCAUGAGCUGGUUAUCCAAGUUGAAUCCAUGAUGGGGAGUGAAAGCAAAUUUUUGUUCAGGAAGAAUUAU